AUGGGACUUGGGGGAACAAAAUUUUCCACCAUGAUUGAAAACAUUUACGACAUACAGCACAUUUUUGAGCGAUCACUACCCCACAACACCAUGGAUGCAUGGGUUCCUAGUUAUUAUGAAACAUGCAAAGCAUUGGAUAUGGGCAACCACUAUUUCACAGACCGACGUGAUAUAAACGGUAAUGCUCCUAUUUCCUUUGGCACUGAGAUCGACCCACACAAUAUACUUACAAACACAUUGUCCAAUGAAUUUGUUCACCUCCUGGAAAAUAAGGUUGAUUAUUAUGAAGCGCAACAAGGAACCGAUAAUAUUAUACGAUACUAUGAAAUCAACCCAAUGAAGAUACGUCCAGGAGAUGUUGUGGAAGUGCAGGUAUCAUUCGUUGCAAUACCGCUUAAGCAACAAAGAUACAAAAUACUGGUGGUGCUACCAGCUAUCACUCUACUAGAUUGCAGUCCACUACGAGUAAGCCAACAUUCAGCCAAAGUACACAAUGCUAACAGAAAACAGAAUGCAAGUAUUGCACGUCGCAUGAGCAGAGGUGCUGAACCCCGUCAGGCAAGCCAAUCGCUGAAGAGAAAGAUUGGUUAUGAAGAGGAUGAAGAGCAUGACGCUGGGGAGAAGUUGAGCAAGAUGCGCCUGGACUGA